AUGCCUCAAGCACAGCGCCCAAUCGACACCGGCGUCGGAGAGAAGCCCGCGAAACGGAAAUACACCUCGAAAGCAUGUGAGGCGUGUCGACGUCGUCGCGCCAAGUGUGAUGGCCAAAAACCAUCAUGCUCGCGCUGUCUCGACCGUGCCAUCGAGUGCCGUUUCAGCGCCGAGGAAGACAAGCGGCGUCCUGCGCCGCAGUCUUACGUUCGGCUCUUACGAACUCGCAUAACCAUCCUGGAGCGUAUACUGCGGUCACAUGGCAUCGAUGUGGAUGCUUCAGUGGCCCGAUGCAUGCUAGACGAUAGACGUCCGGAAGCAGUGGCUCCGGUAACUCCUCAGGACGCUCCACAUCAAAGCAAAGAGGCUAGCAUCAGCUCUGAGCAUUUCGAAGAGCUAUGCGUGGCCUAUGAGCGCUCUUUGACUUUGGAUGAGUCUGUGACGUUCGACCAGGAUGGCGAGAUGCAUUAUUUUGGGCCUAGUAGUGGACGCCUUGAAUUCCAGCUUUCCGAGGCCCCUAAGCCCCUGGAGCCGCAUAUCCCACUCAAACGAGUUUUACCCUUGUCGGAAGAAGAUGACGAAGUACCUUACGAGCUGAAAUCUCAUUUAGUCGACCUGUUCUUCUACUGGCAACAGCCAUGGUGCCAAGUUGUUGACGAAAAGCUUUAUAGAGAAAGCGAGAUGAACAGUGGUCGAUAUUACAGCCCCCUGCUUCUUAACUGUAUCCUCGCCGUAGGGUCUCGUUUUUCCGACAGGCCCGAAGUACGCUUGGACGUGAACGAUCCCAACACCGCUGGUCGGUGUUUCGUAGAAAAAGCAGAGCUUCAGCUUCUUUCUGACCUCAAAUGGCCCAGCGUUACGACCAUCCAGUCAUUGUCUCUCCUCAAUACUAUUUAUGUUGUAUGUAUGACAGUGGGCUCCCUGUAUGCGAAUUGCAUUCUAACUGCUCAGGCUAUCGGAGCGGAUGCAGCCGGCUGGCUUCAUCAAGGAAUGGCUAAUCGACUAGCGCUAGAUAUGGGACUGAAUCUAGAUAUGGCUUCACUGACCGGCUCGAAUACUAUGCCAUCAGACGAAGCUGAGUUAAGAAGACAGAUUUAUUGGGCGCUUUAUUGUGAUGACAAGCUAUCUGCAAGCUACACGGGACGGGUCUGCACUAUGUUGGACAACCAAGGUGUAGUCAACUUGCCAUCGGGCUUCGUCUCACCCGAAACCGGAGCAGCAACUUCCAAGGUAGCCAUCGCCGGCAUGUCCAGUACUGAUGCAGCACUGCUGCACUGUGCCCUAAUAAAACUAAGCCACAUCUCCGAAAACAUGUUCCUCGCAUUAUACGCGCCCAAGCCCUCUCUGCAGGCAUCCCAACGAACUUCCUUCCUCACAUCCUGCAUCCUCGAACUCAAAACCUGGGUGCACGACCUCCCAUCAGCUCUACGCAUCGACAAGCCCAGUGGCGGCCUGCAAGCCUCUCCGCAAACCUACACUCUCCACAUGACGUACCACACGACCUUCAUCCUGCUUCUCAAACCCUUCCUCGUCAAGAAAUCGCCACUAAAACCCCAACCCCCGGCAACCAGCAGCAGCGCCUCUCUCAACGGCAUAAAAGCGAGAGAAAUGUGCCUCGAUGCCGCCGAGCGCAUCUGCCUCGUCGCUAAAAAGUACCGUCAAGCAUUCGGCAGCUUCCGCAAGAGCCCCGUCUCUGCGACGCAUUGCACGCUGUGGGCUGCGCUGGUGCUGAUUCAGAUGGGUAGCAGUGGUGCUGGGAGUGGAGGUGUUGGCGGUGAUGCAGGCUUGAGCGUAAGGAACAUUCACAAUAUUGAGCUGUGUCUGCAGAUUUUGGAAGAGCUGGCUGUCUCGUGGGAUAUUGCGCGAAGGAUCUGCCGGAACCUUCAGGAGCUGUAUCGGAAGCUGAGGGCUGGCGAUGAUGCCGCGACUGAGAUGGCUGAGCUCUCUGCGCCGCAGGGUGCGACUGGCGAUCGUGGUGGCCUGCAAGACUUGUCUCCGCAUCUACCCGACGAUGGUAUCGGCUCUGUACACGCUCUGGUUGGCGAUGGUGGAGUAGGCGACCUGGGAGCUAAUGUCUCGCUGGACGACGCGUUCUGGGCAGAAAUCGGACUGGAUUUACCGGGCGACUAUCAUGGAUUCAACAUGUCGAGAGCCUAAGUUGAUGUCGCAGUAUGAAUUCUGCAGCAACAACCUAUUAUCACCUUGGAUGUUCGUUUGCCAGCUACUAAUAGACCUAGGAGAAAUAAACUCGGUAUACUCCCAGGAGCCUUAAAAGGUGCUAGGCAGUCCAAUCUCAUCCAGCUCAUUUCCCCAGAUAUUUGGGUCCCCGGUGCUUUGAAUGGAAUUAAAAGGCUGGAUAUUGGACUGCGACUCAGAUAGCCAGUCCGAAAGAUUCGAGAUGACUCCCGACUCGAGCAUCGAGUGCAUUUGAUCCUCUUGGUAUAGAUCUAUCCUCUCGAACGUAAUGUCAUUAAGCCAGGGGAAUAUUUCCGUAAAGUC